GAAACCCAAAAAUCAGCGACUAGAAUAUCCCGGCCCGAAACAGCAAGGUCUCUCUCUCGCGCUCGCCUCUCUCCUCCUCGUCUUCGGCGGCGGCGACGGCGGUGGCGAUGCUGUCCGGCGACGUUCCCCCGAACCAGACCGUCUACUUCAGGAACCUCAACGAGAAGGUCAAGAAAGAAGAGCUGAAGAGAUCACUUUAUGCAUUGUGCUCUCAGUAUGGAAGGAUAGUGGAUGUUGUGGCCUUGAAAACUCAUAAACUGAGGGGGCAAGCCUGGGUGGCAUUCAGUGAAAUUACAGCGGCUACCAACGCUUUCCGGGGCCUACAGGACUUCGAUUUUUACGGCAAAAAAAUGCGGGUACAAUAUGCAAAAACAAAGUCUGACUGUUUUGCAAAAGCCGAUGGGUCUUAUGCUCCUAAAGAGAAAAGGAAGAAGCAAGAGGAGAAAGCUGCUGAGAAAAAACGGCGAACUGAAGAUGGACAACAACCUGGUGCUAGUGCUCCUGUUGCCCCAAGCAAUGGAACUGGUCAUCAACCUUCUCGUUUUGCCAAGCCUCCGCAAGAGCCAGCUGCUCCGCCGAACAACAUCCUCUUCCUCCAGAACAUGCCGGACCAGACCACGAGCAUGAUGCUCCAGAUCCUGUUCCAGCAAUACCCUGGUUUCCGGGAGGUGCGGAUGAUCGAAGCCAAGCCAGGCAUUGCUUUUGUGGAGUACGAGGACGAGAACCAGUCCAUGGUUGCAAUGGAAGCCCUCCAGGGUUUCAAGAUCAGCCCAGAGAACCCAAUGGCCAUCUCAUACGCCAAAAAGUGAAAACGAUCGAUGUGAUCUCGGAACCGGCCAAAAGAAAUCUGUAACUGUAAGAUUUUCCACCUUAAGCUUUCAAGCUGCUGUGCUGUGCUUGUGCUGGCUUUCUAACCCUGUAUUUCUUGGAAGUGACUUGCUUGUUGUUUAAGAAGUUAAAAAAGUAUGUGCUACUUUAAAUCA